AUGAGUUUCAUCCCUGAGGCUAUCACGCCGACGUCCGUCCUGUCGUGGCAGUGUGCAGCUACGCUCCUCGUCAUAUGGAUUACCUAUUGUCUAGGGCGCGCCAUCUACAAUGUCUCGCCUCUACACCCCCUCAGCAAGUUUCCUGGUCCCAAACUGGCUGCCGCUUCGUAUGCUCCCGAGUGCUGGUACGAUUUCGUGAAGAAGGGGCGGUAUACCUAUGAGAUUGUCAAGAUGCACCAAAUCUACGGACCCAUAGUCCGUAUUAACCCUGACGAGGUGCACUGCAACGACGUCCGCUUCACCGACGAAGUCUACGCCAUCAACGGGAGAAAGAGGGACAAGCACAUCCACCACAUGAUCAACCUACCAGACCCCGCUACCUUCGCUACAUUUGGCACCCUUGACCACGAUCUACACCGCAGACGGCGAGCCGCCGUCGGCAAGUUCUUCUCCCGGCAGCAAAUGCUCAAGCUCGAGCCGCAAGUCCACGCAUCAGCGCAAAAGCUCUGCGACAAGCUUCUCUUAUUUUCUGGUCUUGAUGGCGAUGUCGUGCCUUUGCAAGACGCCUAUAGCUGUUUUACGACGGACGUGAUUACCGAGUACUGCUUUGGCGAGUCGAUUGGAUUUCUUGAGCAAAAGGAGUGGACGCCUAAUUAUCGUUCGGCUGUUUAUGGGGCACUGGUUCAUACGUUCCUAUUCAAGUUCUUUCCGUGGACGAAGAUCGUUAUGAAUGCUGGGCCGUAUCUCAAGAAUUACCUACCAAGGGACACGGCCAUCUUCAUCAAUACCUACGCAACCGUCAUCCCAGCCCUCGUAGAGAAGGCGAGAGACCGCAAAGUGACAGGCACAGAUAUAUACCAACACUCGCCUAACGUCUUCGCCGCCUUAUUCGACUCCGAUCUCCCGCCCGAAGAAAAGACGGUUCCACGACUCACGUCCGAGGGUGCCAUCAUGAUAACCGCAGGAACGGAAACAACAAGCUACACGCUUACAAUGAUCAGCUUUCACCUCCUGUCGAACCCCAAAAUCUUGGAAAGGUUGACACAAGAGCUUCAAGGGGCGGUCAAGGAUCCGAAGCAUCUGCCAAACUGGCCGACGUUGGAAACAUUGCCGUAUCUGAAUGCCGUCAUAUCUGAGGGUCUACGGCUGGCGCCCGGCGGGUCGAUGCGCACUGGCAGAGUCGCUACCGAGGAGGAUCUCGUCUAUCGCGGGAAAUGGAGGCCAGAAGGGUCAGAUGUCGAUGUGGAUGUGUGCCAUGUCAUUCCCCGCGGGUGGGCGGUUAGUAUGAGCGCCAUCAUCUCACAUCUCGAUGAGAGGAUGUUUCCGAACGCCAAGGAGUUUAUACCAGAGCGGUGGAUCGAUGAGAACGGUCAGAGAAGGAGGGGGUUGGAAGCUGGGUUCAUCCCCUUUUCCAAGGGAACGCGACAGUGUGUGGGAAUGCCACUCGCAUACUCUGAGUUAUAUAUCGCUUUGACUUCAUUGGUGCUGAGGGUCUUUCCGCGUAUGAAGCUGUACGAUACUACUUUGCGCGAUGUUGAGUAUGACCAUGACUUGGGCGUGCCGAUUCCCGCGACCGAGAACGCUCACUCAACCCUCAAGCCUUCGUCAAUUGGAGUCAUUCCCAUCGACGUGGUAACAGGCCACUCCCUCCUCAAACCCUCGCCAACCCAAGCUCCAUCCAACUGCACAUGCACGCAUGAGGACACGAACAAACCAAUCACCCAUAACCGCCCGGCUGAAGUCCCGUACUGGGGCUUUAAGCAAAGCUGCACCGAAAUCCACGGCGACGGAGGCGAAGCAGCACUUAUUUGGUCCUGCUGCGACACGACCCACGGCUACGGCAUCCAGAAUCGGUUUCGUCUAGGCCAGUGUAUCGAGAACGUGCGCGGGAAGCUAAUCCCGCGCAAGAAUGGGGGGUUCUGGCGCACGUGUGAGGAUUGUGGGCUCAAGGAUCCAGAGAGGCCGACCGUGUAUAGCUGCAAGUGCUGGCCCAUGCCUAGGCAUGGGGCGGAGCAUGAGCGUGUGGAGGCUGAGAUUGAGUUGAACGACUUUAUCGGCAACGACCAUGGCAAGUUGGUUUGCUUCGGCGUCAGGGAGCAGCGCUACUGGGGAAACUGCACCAAUAACUUUCCUUGGAAUAACUAG